AUGAAUGGCAACUAUCGAGAACCUUCAGCCCUAGAUGCUGUCGACUACAAUCCGAUCGACCACCUCAAUAUCCUGUUCUCGCAUCCAUCGACGAUAUCAUCUAUAAGCGAGGUAUCGAAAUCCCUACAAAGCCACCAAAAUGCGCUGUCGAACGACAUAGUCACUCUCGAGACUACCCAAGCCUAUGGUUCCGACUCGAGCCUCGAGCGCAUGCAGUCGGCGCAAGCUGAGCUUGCCCAGCUAUUCCGAAAGAUCGAGACGGUGCGCUCACGUGCGAUCGAGACCGAACAGAAUAUCACCUUGAUGACGGCCGACAUCAAGCGACUCGAUGGAACGAAACGCAACCUCACACUGAGCAUGACAGCUCUCAAGCGGCUGCAGAUGCUGACCACGGCUUAUGAGCAGCUCAGGGGCCUGGCCAAGACGCGCCAGUACAGGGAGUGCGCAGGACUUUUGCAGGCUGUUCUCCAGCUUAUGAAGCAUUUUAAUAGCUAUCGCAGUAUCGAACAGAUCGCGACUCUAAGCAGAGGUGUAGCUGAGCUGCAGCGCGAGCUCCUGGAGCAGGUUUGCGAGGACUUUGAGAUGGCGUUUGCCAAAAGCGAAGUUGGUGCGCGAAGGGGCAUGCUUGUUGAAGCGUGUCUAGUCAUGGAUGCUCUUGGAGAUUCCGCCAAGUCCCGUCUUAUGAAUUGGUAUGUCAAUACCGAAUUGCGAGAGUACCGCCAGGUAUUCCGCGGCAACGACGAAGCAGGCAGCCUGGACAACAUCGGACGACGAUAUGCUUGGUUCAAACGAAUGAUGAAGUCUCAUGAUGACGAGCACUCGAUGAUCUUCCCACCGCACUGGAGGGCCAAUGAGACAUUGGCAGCAGCUUUCUGUGAUGGUACUCGUGAUGACUUCAAGGGUAUUCUGGAGCGGAGCAUGCGACGUACGGACGGCAAUAGGAUCGACGUAAACCUGCUAUUGAGCUGUUUACAGGAGACUCUGGACUUUGAGCAGAGUCUUGAGAAGCGAUUCGCAACAACUUCAAGGGCCAGCAUUGACACCAUCAACUCCGUUGAAGACAGGGCACACAGCUUUCAUGGCAUGAUCUCUGUUGCAUUUGAGCCGUACCUGAGCCUAUGGGUCGAAUCACAAGAUAGACAAUUGGCAGCGAUGAUACCUAGAUAUCGCAGCCAGCCACUUAUACCACCUGAUGACGAGUUCUCACCACAGGCUGUUAUUGCCUCGGCGAUCGAGUUGUUUCACUUUUACAAACUCACGCUGUCACAAUGUGCCAAACUAUCUACCAGCGAACGUCUUCUCGAUCUCGCCAGGAUAUUGGCCAAAUAUCUCGACGAAUACGCCCAACAAGUGUUGCUUCAUAUACUGCAGUCCGGCGGUGCUCAAGGCCCUCCACUUCAAGACGUUGUCCUGGUGUUAAACACGGCUGACUUCUGGCAUACCAACACCAACCAGUUGGAGGAGAGCAUCAAGAAGCGAAUUGACAGCGAACUCGUGUCCAAGGUUGAUCUCUCAUCGCAGUCAGAUGCCUUUCUCGGUGUAGCGAGUGCAUCUGUUCUCGCUCUGGUGCGCGUCGUCGAACUUGACUGCGAGGGCGUUUGGCGUGAGAUGAAGAAUACCAACUGGAGCACCAUGGAGAGCGUUGGUGAUCAGAGUUCAUACGUUGGAGAGUUGGUAAAGCAUGCUGAUGGCAAAGCUGCCGAGAUCUUGGCCAUUAUAUCAAAACAACAGUAUGCCAGAGCGUUUUGUGACAAUUUGGUGGAGCAUCUGGCGACAGGGUAUAUCAAUAGCAUUAUUCAAUGCCGACCUAUAUCCGAAGUUGGCGCCGAACAGAUGUUGCUUGACAAAUAUGUUCUCACCAAGGCGUUUGAGAAGUUGAUCAUGCAUCAUGCAUCGCUCUCUGAACAAGAUGCUCCACCAUCGAGUUUCGUGCGGAGAGUUCAGCAUUGCAUGAAUCGACUUGAUCCAUUGCUCAAGACUCUUCAAGUGCGCCCAUCGCCACCAGAAGGGUUGGUGCAGGCGUAUCUGAUUCAUAUUGGUGAUCGCUCGGAUACCAACUUCAAGAAGAUACUGGAUCUCAAGGGUGUUCGAAAAACGGACCAUGGCCACUUGAUAGAGCUCUUUGGCAUUCAUCGUGACAGCACAACUAAUGACAAGUUGGUUGCCAGCUCACCCUUGCUGACACCUCUCAUGACGACCAUGACUUUGGGCAACACUGCUCAUCUUUCCACCAUGAAUCCAUCAGUAGCUGCCGCAGUCAGUCCUAGAUUUGAAGCAGGGUCCCUUGGCGAGAAGCUUCUUAGCGCAGCAAGAGAUAUUAGCCAGAGCAGCACGAGCACAGCAGCACAGACGGGAUUAGAAAAGGCGACAAUUAACGAGAACUUGCGAAACUUUGGCAAGUUCUUCAAGAGAGAUAUUGGAUCUUUGGGAGCGAGAUUUGGAAAGCGAGAUGGCAGUGUUGGUCCAGAGGAGGGACAGCGAUAG